AUGCUUCUCGAGGGAAAGCCCCCCGACCCGCGUACUCUGUCCUCCGUCCUCCGCGCCUGCGCGGCCCUCGCUUCCCUCCGCUACGGCCGCCUGCUCCACUGCACUGCCAUCGCCGCUGGUCUCUCCUCGGAGGUGGCCGUCGCCAACUCCCUCGUGGCCAUGUACGCCAAGUGCGGGGACCUCUCUUGUGCGCGGCACCUGUUCGACAGGAUGUCGAACAGGACCCUCGUCUCGUGGACUGCGAUGGUUUCUGGCCUAGGCGCCCACGGCCGUUCAGCAGACGCCCUGAAACUGUUUGAAGAGAUGCUGGAGGCGGGAGAGCGGCCCGACACCAUGGCUGUUACCGCCGUGCUCUCGGCGUGCAGCCACGGCGGCCUGGUGGAGGCCGGCGAGAGACUCUUCCGGGCGAUGGAGGAGGACUUCGGGGUGAAGCCGACGGUGGAGCACUACACAUGCAUGGUGGACAUGAUGGCGAGGGCGGCGCGCCUGGAGGACGCCGAGCGGCUGGUCCAGGGGAUGGAGUGUACGCCCGACGAGGCCCUCUGGGGAGCUCUGCUAUCCGCGUGCAAGGCGCAUGGGAAGCUGGACGUGGCCCUGCGGGUGGCCCAGAGAGCCUGCUCUGCUUCUUGGCCUUCCUCUCUUCCAUCUGCGCAUAUCACCAACCCUAAUUGA